AUGCCUGUCUCUUCCAACUACCCAACGGUCGAUAUUCCGAGCGUCGACCUGUGGUCGUUCCUAUUUGAGCGCAAGGAUAGGCCAUUCCCUGAUGAUAAAAUCCUCUACCAGGAUGCCGACACCAAGCGCCACUACACUUACCAGUCCCUAAAGGAUGCCUCUCUUGAGUUUGGAAAGGGUUUGAAGGCCACCUAUGACUGGCGCAAGGGUGAUGUCUUGGCCCUUUUCACUCCCAACAGCAUCGAUACCCCGGUGCUCAUGUGGGGUACCCUCUGGGCCGGCGGCAUUAUCUCUCCGGCCAACCCGGCCUACACGGUCGACGAGCUCGCCUUCCAGCUGAAGAACUCGGGCGCAAAGGCCCUUGCAACCCAGGCUUCGGUGCUGUCCGUGGCCACGGCGGCCGCCAAGAAGGUCGGCAUCCCUGAAGAUCACAUCAUUCUGCUGGGCGAUGAGCGGGACCCAGAUGCUCGGUACAAGCACUUCACCUCCGUUCGAAACAUCUCCCGUGCCACCCGGUAUCGUCGGCAAAAAAUCACCCCCGAAACUGAUCUGGCUUUCCUGGUCUACUCGUCUGGUACUACCGGCGUGCCCAAGGGUGUCAUGCUGUCGCAUAGGAACAUCGUCGCCAAUGUUCUGCAGCAAGUAACUGGCGAGGGCGGGAACUUGAGUUGGAAUGGAGGCCCUGAUGGAAAGGGAGAUCGCGUUCUGGCAUUCUUGCCUUUCUAUCACAUUUACGGAUUGACCUGCUUGCUCACCCAAGCCUUAUAUAAGGGCUAUCACCUUAUUGUCAUGGCCAAGUUCGACAUCGAAAAGUGGUGCGCACACGUACAGAAUUACCGCGUGACAUUCAGUUAUAUCGUGCCCCCGGUAGUGCUUCUAUUAGGCAAGCACCCCGUGGUCGACAAGUACGACCUCUCUAGCCUACGCAUGAUGAACUCUGGUGCGGCACCACUUACCCAAGAACUGGUCGAGAACGUGUACGCUCGCAUCAAGGUUGGAAUCAAGCAGGGCUACGGUCUCAGCGAGACCAGUCCCACCACACACUCGCAGAGGUGGGAGGACUGGCGCGAGUACAUUGGUUCCGUUGGUCGCUUGAUGCCCAAUAUGGAAGCCAAGUACAUGACCAUGCCCGAGGAUGGCUCGGAGCCUCGUGAAGUUGCCACUGGCGAGGUCGGUGAGCUUUCCGUACGUGGACCUAAUGUCUUUUUGGGUUACCACCAGAAUCCCACUGCUACUCGGGAGUGUCUGACGGAGGAUGGCUGGUUCCGUACUGGCGACGUCGGUUACCAAGAUGCUAAGGGUAACUUCUACAUUACGGAUCGUGUCAAGGAGCUCAUCAAGUACAAGGGUUUCCAGGUGCCACCCGCCGAGCUGGAGGGUCUUCUGGUGGAUAAUGAGGCUAUUGAUGACGUUGCUGUAAUUGGCAUUGAGAGUGAGGCUCACGGAUCCGAAGUGCCUCUGGCGUGCGUUGUUCGAAGCGCAAAGAGCAAGUCAUCUGGUGCCACCGAGGUAGAGGAAGCUGCCAACAUUGUGAAAUGGCUUGACAGCAAGGUUGCCCACCACAAGCGUCUGCGUGGUGGUGUCCGGUUUGUGGAUUCAAUCCCCAAGAACCCCAGCGGAAAGAUCCUGCGUCGCAUGCUGAAGCAACAAUUCAAGGAUGUGGGCAAGGGCCCCAAGGCGAAACUGUAG